AUGGCAGAGAAAUGCAGAUGCCAUGAGAUCUUGGCACGGAGUAAGAACACAGAGUUUGCUGGACAUCUUGGGAUUCAAGGGCAUAAAAUGGGCCCACGAGCUCUCCUGCCACGGUUGAGUUUCAUUUAUUGGAACUAUUUCCCCCCCCCCCUCUCUUUAGAAAUUCCUGGGUCCUCCUACUGGAAGGAGGUGGCAGAAGAGAGGCGGAAAGCCCUGUUCAGUGUUCUCCAAGAGAAUGAAAAGUUGCACAAAUACAUUGAAGCCAAAGAUGAACGGAUUGCUCAGCUGAAGAGUGAAAAUGAGGAGUUACAGGAGCUGACACAGCAUGUACAACACAUGGCUGACAUGAUUGAAAGAUUAACCGGUAAAAGUCCAGACAGUCUAGAGGAGCUGCGUGAGAUGGCUUUUGACGCUGAAGAUGACGAGGAAGAACAUGGAGAUGAGAGUGAAGCUGAUGAGAGCCAGGACCGUGUUGAACUGAGCACCGAACAGUCACAUGACCAUAUUGUGCCACAAAAGAAUGACUCCACAGCAAAUGAAAGCUGAAAUGAUGCAUCCUGAAAAAUGCUAAACCGAAAAGAACCAUGAUGGUUCAGUUGUUUGGUUUUUAUUUGAAUGUUUAUCUUUGCCUUUGAGAACAGAUAUGCACCUUUUGUUUUAAUACUUUUACUCUUGCUGUAAAUUAGCUUUUAUUUUCAGUACCUGUAGUUAAUGUGCAUGUUCACUGCUAGUGUACAUAUGUAAAAUUGAAUGCAUACAAUGGAAAUAAACUCAUAUUUUGUACA